CGCAACUCUUCGCCCACCUGUUGAUCCCAUCGAUACCAUGUUGACAGCAAAUAGCUUCAAGAGGCGCAAGCUCGCGCACACCACCUUCACCAAGAGUGAACAGGCGCUGCGUCUACUGCCCGAUGGUCUGCUCGACGCCACGCCGCGUACUGAGCACUGCGUAAGCAUCAGCAUUCGCAAUUCACGAGAAUCGCCACUUCUGCGUCUGCCAGCGGAGCUGCGCAUCAAGAUCUGGGCCUACUUAUUGGCGUAUCGCCAUGUCCUCAAGCAGUUUCCCUCACGUUGGCGGCCGGGAAGCGGUAGCUCUGCAUCAACCAUUCGCCUCGACAUACUCCGAGUCUGCCGACAAACAUAUACUGAGACAGCCCUGCUGCCCUUCACACUCAACUCAUUUACCUUCAUCACGCCCUGCGACAUGAAAGCCACGAUUGACUGCUCACGGCUGGGCCACCGCAAUGCCAUCAGAAAAAUUGCUCUCUGGUGCUCGUGCCGCGGAGUCAGGUGCCACGUGUCGAACUAUCCUCUCGUGCUUCUUCCCGGAUUGGAAUCAGUACUGGUGAUUUGCCGGCAGAUGGCUGAUCCAGGUCGGGAUCCUCUGAACCAGGCAAUUAUUGCUGAACAUAUCAGGGCUCUCACCUGCAAGAGGGGUAUCAGUGUAUCUUUCACUUAGCGUAGUAGGCGAGCACUGCCUGGUGUGCAGAUCAGCAUGAGCGGAACAUGCCUAGCACACAGUCGGAGUUGCUAAUUGUAUGUCGGGCAAAGGGGAAUCGCACCAUGCAAAGUGAUCGGAUCCGUCUGAGACCGCAAGCAAGGAACGCUUGCACAGAGUGUCUUCUGGUAGAAUAGUAACGUGGAGAUAUGUGCGGCGCCGCAAGCCAACAACAAGAACUCGACUGCUUUUCAAACAAUGGAAC